CUCUCUAUAUAAACAACCCCUCACAAUUUCCCUUCAAGCAUCAACUCAAUUCAAUACCAUUGAAAAUUCAGAACACCUUCAAUCCCACAUUCUCUCUCUCUCUCUCUCUCUCUCUCUCUCUCUACUCUCUCUCCUAGACAGAAAGAAGAUGAAGAUGAGCAGCAGCAGCAUGGGAGGGUCAAAGAGGAGGAUAUCAGGCAGAGGCCUGGGAGGGGUCCUCAAAGAGCAACGGACCAGGCUCUAUAUCAUCAGGCGAUGUGUGGUCAUGCUUCUUUGCUGGCACGAUUAAUCCAUUCCAUCGUCAACGGCGGCGACAAUGCGUCGUUUUUUUUUUCUCUGUUUCUUUUUUUAGCUUUUUUUUUUAUUAUUAGCUAGGAGGUGUAAAUAGCAUCAGCGGAUGUUAAUUAGAAAAUUAGAAACUCUCCGGAGAGUAACAAUUUUUGGUCCAACCGGACUUUUUGGCUUCUUGUAAAUCGGGUGGCUUUGGAGGAAUUAUGAAACCUAUGGUUUUUGAUUAA